UUAUUACAACAAGUAAACCCAUUGCUUGAAGGCCUACAGCGUCCAACUCUUGGAUGCGUUCCAAACUUUGAUGUUGUUUCAGGUGAAUUUAUUCAAAUGCUCCACACAGGCAGUGAUCAUUGGGUCUGUGUAAGUUCCAUAGGAUGUUUGCCUAGGAAGGUUGGGCUUUAUGACAGUCUGUUUCAUGAUGUCAUAAGUCAAGAGAUAGAGGAGCAGACGAAUGACUUGCUAGGUGGUCAUUUGGUGGAACUUCAGUUUGUUCCAGUUCAACAGCAGACAAAUGAUAGCGACUGUGGGGUGUUCGCAAUUGCCUUUGCUGUCUCUCUUGCUUUGGGAACAAAUCCUAAGCAUGUAACUUUCGACACCCUUAGAAUGCGUCCCCAUUUAGCAGCCUGUCUUAAGGCAGAAAAAAUAAGCAUGUUUCCUAUUUUUUAA